AUGGCUCAUACAGUUUACAAUUUAGGCAAUCUUCCAAUCAAGGACCAUGUAUUUUCAUCCAAUCGUUCCUUAUUAGCUAUCACCAAGUCCAAUGACGUUGAAAUCUACAAUGUCGCCGGAAGUUCCAAACCCCAAUUUAUCACCACCUUAAGUGGUCAUGAUAAGACCGUAACUUCAGUUGACAUUUCUCCUGAUGGGUCCAAGAUUCUUACUUGUUCUCAAGACAGAAAUGCGCUUGUAUGGGAACAAGAUCAAUCAGGGGAAUAUAAACCCACUUUGGUCCUCUUACGUAUCAAUCGUGCUGCUACUUGUUGUAGAUGGUCACCAGAUGGGAAGAAAUUCGCAGUUGGAUCUUCCGAUAGAGUUAUUGCUGUUUGUUAUUAUGAAGCUGAGAAUGAUUGGUGGGUUUCUAAACAUUUGAAAAAACCACUUAAAUCGACUAUUACUAGUUUGGAUUGGCAUCCUAAUUCUGUUUUGUUGGGUUGUGGAUCCACUGAUGGUCAUGUAAGGGUCUUCAGUGCCUAUCUUAAAGGCAUUGAUCAAAGACCCGAUCCAACCGUAUGGGGUACCAAAUUACCUUUCCAAACUCUUUGUGGUGAUUUUACUAAUGUUACUGGAGCUUGGAUUCAUGAUGUUAGAUUCAGUCCAAGUGGGGAUGCAUUGGGUUAUGUUUCUCAUGAUUCUUCCAUUGGUGUUGUAUACCCUGCUGGUGAAGGGGUUGAGCCUAGGGCUGUUCUUAAUGUAAAGACCAACUACCUUCCGUUUAAGGCACUUGUCUGGAUUAACGAGAAUAAGAUUGUUGUUGGUGGAUUUAAUUGUAAUUUGAUUGUAUUUGAAGGUGAUGAAACUAAUUGGAGCGAAAGUUAUAAGAUUGAGCAAGAAACUGAUUUAACUAAAGAAGUAGUUCAUUCAAAUAAGGAUGAGGGUGAGGAUGAAGAAAUCUCAUCUCAUCAAGCUUUGAAUAUGUUUAGACAAAUGGAUUUGAAAGGUAGAGUUAGUAGACCAAAUGCAGCUAAUACAAGCAAGGGUUUGGCUACAAUUCAUCAAAAUACUAUUAAUAGUCUUAAAAAUUAUUCAGAUUCCCAAGUAUCUACUUCUGGUAUUGAUGGAAAAGUUGUUAUCUUUAACAUUUAG